GCAGAGGAGCCGCAGGAUAGGGAGGGCUGUGCUGUUGUGGGGCAGAAACCCCGUAGUGCCGCACAACAGCGCCAUUCGGUAACUGCGACUGUGUCCAAAAUGGCUGGAGCUGAUGGAGACGAUUCUCUUUACCCCAUUGCUGUUCUCAUCGACGAGUUGAGAAACGAGGAUGUCCAGCUUCGUCUCAACAGCAUCAAGAAGCUGUCCACCAUUGCGCUAGCUCUCGGUGUGGAGAGGACUCGCACGGAGCUCCUUCCUUUCCUCACAGACACCAUCUAUGAUGAAGAUGAAGUGCUUUUGGCAUUGGCUGAACAGCUUGGCAAUUUCACUAUGUUGGUUGGGGGACCAGAGUAUGUUCACUGUCUCCUGCCUCCUCUGGAAAGUCUUGCAACAGUGGAAGAAACAGUUGUCAGAGACAAAGCUGUAGAAUCCCUGCGAAAGAUCUCUCAGGAGCACUCUCCAGUUGACCUGGAGGUCCACUUUGAGCCUUUGGUGAAGCGGCUAGCCAGUGGUGACUGGUUCACCUCUCGCACUUCAGCUUGUGGCCUCUUCAGUGUGUGUUAUCCUCGGGUAUCCAGCACUGUCAAGGCUGAAAUUCGUCAGCAUUUUCGCACCUUGUGUUCAGAUGACACCCCGAUGGUGCGUCGAGCUGCUGCAUCUAAGCUGGGGGAGUUUGCCAAAGUUCUGGAGCCUGAAUACGUAAAAAGUGACAUCAUUUCCCUCUUCACUGCUUUGGCUUCCGAUGAGCAGGACUCUGUGCGGUUGCUUGCAGUGGAGGCUUGUGUAAGCAUUGCCACUCUGCUGCCACAAGAGGACUUGGAGACAUUGGUGAUGCCGACCCUUCGCCAGGCCGCAGAAGACAAGUCUUGGAGAGUUCGCUACAUGGUGGCUGACAAGUUCUCUGAGCUUCAGAAAGCAGUUGGGUCCGAAAUUACCAAAAAUGACCUGGUCCCUGCCUUCCAGAAUCUCCUUAAAGAUUGUGAAGCUGAGGUCCGUGCUGCUGCAGCCAACAAAGUCAAAGAAUUCUGCGAGAAUCUCCCAGAGGACAAUCGUGAGCAAAUCAUCAUGACUCACAUUCUGCCCUGCGUCAAGGAACUUGUCUCAGACACCAACCAGCAUGUGAAGUCCGCUCUGGCCUCCGUCAUAAUGGGCCUUUCCACCAUACUGGGCAAGGACAACACAAUUGAACACUUGCUGCCUCUCUUCCUGGCUCAGCUCAAAGAUGAGUGCCCUGAGGUGCGUCUGAAUAUCAUCUCCAAUCUGGACUGCGUGAAUGAGGUGAUCGGCAUACGGCAGCUGUCACAGUCACUGCUGCCCGCCAUUGUGGAGUUGGCAGAGGAUGCUAAGUGGAGGGUUCGUCUCGCCAUCAUAGAAUACAUGCCCUUGUUGGCAGGGCAGCUGGGAGUGGAGUUCUUUGAUGAAAAGCUCAACACACUUUGCAUGGCCUGGCUAAUUGAUCAUGUCUAUGCCAUCCGUGAGGCGGCGACUUGUAACCUGAUGAAGCUUGUGGAGAAGUUUGGAGCAGAGUGGGCUCAGAACACCAUCGUACCCAAAGUUCUUGGUAUGGCCAAUGACCCCAAUUACCUCCACAGGAUGACCACGCUGUUCUGCAUCAAUGCUUUGUCAGAAGCAUGCGGUCAGGAGAUCACCACAAAGCAGAUGCUGCCCGUGGUCCUGAAGAUGUCCAACGACCAGGUGGCUAAUGUCCGCUUCAAUGUGGCCAAGUCCCUGCAGAAGAUUGGCCCGGUCCUCGACAGCAAUGCUCUUCAAACAGAAGUGAAGCCGGUGCUGGAGAAGCUGGCCACUGACUCUGACAUGGAUGUCAAGUAUUUUGCCCAGGAGGCCAUUAGUGUUUUGGCCCUAGCAUAACCAUCCCAAAUCAACGGCUUCCAGCAGAGAUUUCAUGCAAACAAAAUUACACUUUUACAGGAUAUUUAUUGAUGUUCAGGAACAACUGGUGAUGUAUAGAAAAGCUGUUAACAUUUUUUUUUUUUUACUGUUCAAUGGUAAUCCAUGUUCAGACAUUCUUUGCUGUAAAUGAGUGCUUUUAGACAGGCAGGGUGUGAUGUCAUCGAGUUAAGUGGUGCACGCCGACUAAUGUGCUACGCUGCUCGCUACACCGACGCCCCGCCCAUUCCUCCCUUUAUCCUUCCCCUCUGUUGUCUUUAAGCCAGUCACUGCAAUGUCUGUGCGCUUUAGAUCUGCACUAGCUUUUCUGGCUCCAAAUGUUUCCUUUGCUUUGCUCUUUCCCUGAGAGGCUAGCAUGGCUCUGGUGAGGUGGGCUUGAAAGGUUCAGCAAGACUUCUCCAUCACCAGAAUCUGCUCUUUAGCUUUGCAGAGCUGACACAGGGAGGAGGGGAUCUGCCAUUGCACGUUAUCUAAUCAAACCCUUAAGGUGAUUGCAUGUCUUUAUCGGCUUCACACCUUUACUUCUUCCGCUGCGUCCUCCUUGUUCUUUGUGGCAGAAACACCAAAUGAAUUGGUCAAAGGAAUGAACCGCUGCGACUCGGUGUAAUGGGGACCAGCCUGAUUGUAGCUUGUUGCUUAUUAUCCCUCCUUCAAAUCCUAAGUGGUUUUUGUUGAUGAGCCCACAGGAGGAGAAGUGGGAGUCACUUUAAUUUGUGCUUGCUCCUACCAGUUAUGUUAAUGCUUUUUCAAUAUGCCCAGAUAAACAGUUUGUUCCAUACAGACAAUGUUCUUGUCUCUGGACAUUUAAUUUGUCCACCUUUAAUAGGCUGUGGAAAUAAAAUGGCAGAUUUCAAUACACUUCACUGAACCAGAGCUCUGACAGGAUCUUCAGACCCUCCAUCAAGACCGAGGACUCAGCAUGUGUCUAAAGCUGCAGAAUGUUCUAUUAUGGGAUGGAAUAGGCAGAAAGAACAGUUUUUUUUCCCCUUUAAGGCUGUCAUCGUGUCCCCCCCCCCCCCCCUGUUUUUCCUGAGUAAAUCUGAUUACUGAUUGUCUUGUCUUAAAAAUACUGGUUUUUAUUUUGGGUAUUUUGUCACAGUUGGGAUGUACUACUGUAUCUUGAUCUGAAUAAAGUAACACAAAUCUACUUAA